ACUUGCCAAAAAAGCGGAGAGCAAAAGUUUGCUAUUGGACUGUUCCUAGUCAUGUGCAGGCUGUCAAGGGGAUUAGCAAAAUGUCCCCUCGCAUGCGCUGUUCAGUGCUUAGCUGUAUCUACACAGUAAUGGUCUUACCUAGCCAUGUAUAUUAUGUUAUUGGAUGUAUUUGAUUUAAGGGGCUAUUGUCUGACUCCCUCCCCAACUACAGUUGUAUUUUUUCCCUUUUCAGAGUAGGUUAAAUCAUAGAAUCAUAGAAAUGUAGGACAGGCAGGAAGGGCCUUCAGAGUCAUUAAAUCCAGCCCCCUGAGCUGAGCAGGACCAAGUAAAUUUAGAUCAUCCCUGACAGGUGUUUGUCCAUCCUGUUCUUAAAAAUCUCCAGUGAUGGGGAUUCCACAGCCUCCCCAGGAAACUAUUCCAGAGCUUACCUACCCUGAGAGUUGGAAAGUUUAUCCUAAUAUCUAACCUAAAUCUUCCUUGCUGCAGGUGAAGCCCGUUGCUUCUGGUCCUAGCUGCAGUGGACAUGGGGAACAAUUGGCCACAGUCCUCUUUUUAUAACAGCCCUGAACAUAUUUGAAGACUGUGAUCAAGUCCCCCCUCAGUUUUCUUUUCUAAAGACCAGUCUCCACCACCACAAAUUAUUAGCAGCUUUGUUCCGAGAUGUUGUAUCUGCUCUGGUGGGACCUUCAGCUCCACAGCUGACAGCUCUGAAGAUCUUAAGCAUAAAUAUCUGUUAUCCAGGAUAGGUUAGAUGUGAAUGGAAGUGAUUUCUAUUCGGCUGUACUUAAUCUAUUAAUGGCAAUAAAAGUACGAGAUGGAAAAGUGACAGGUCUUGCUGAACACCUUUAGGAUAAAUACAAUGUUAGGCUUGCAGGGCAGCUCUUUAUUAUGGUUUUAUAACUGAGGUUUUUAGUUUUCCAGGCAUCUCUUGCUUGCAAUGCUGCUUUAAUAAAAUAUACAGCCUCAAAAAACAAAAGCCAGGAGGUACAACCAGUUUAUGCCCCGAAAGUCAGACUGCAGGAAGUGACUCCGUAUUAAACCUCCUCAGUCUCUGAUUUCCACCUGUGAUAUGCAUGUGUGUUUCUUUAACACAAAAUCCUUCUAAGGGAAGGUUACAAAAUGUGUAUUUACCUAAUGCACAUGACCUGCUCAGCUGCAAUUAUCUCCUAAUCUGGUCUUUCUGAGUUUCUCUGGGUCUCUCAGGUAAAUACAGCUUUAGCUGUUCUUCAAGGCAUAUUACCUCAUUAAGUGUGUAUUUUGGCACGUGCAUUAUUUACCUGAUAGACUAACAGAUACAAAGGAGCAGUUGCUGUCUGUGCAAAUAACCACGGUAAAUAACCACGGUGUUGUUCGUGAAUGAUCGUCCUCUGGUUUCUUUGAGGCAGUUUUUAUUUUGUGUUGUAAAUCUGGCUACUUGUCAUCUCCACUAAGGGGUGCUUCCUGCCCUCCGUGCAGGUGCUGGAGGCAUUGUGUGCACACCCAGGGGAGUCUGCGCUUAGUUCCGCUGCACUAAGAAACUAAACAAAAGCAAGACAUGUGUCCCUUCUUGCAUGGAAGGAAGGAAGUCUGUACUGCUCCCAGCUCCCAGCAUCUAGACACCUGCUGUCCUGUGUCUUCUAUCCAUUCUAGCUUCUGAGCUCCUUGGAAGCAUGGACUGUGCCGCCCUAUAUGUGCUGUGCACACUGGGAACUGUAUGCUCAGAACAGCGGUGGUGCAGGCAGUGACACCAGUAGUUGCCCCACCACUGGCUUGGCCCUGCAUGUAGGGGCUGAACUGAGUUCAGUCUCCAUGCUUGGUUGCUGGCCUAGGGGCUAGAUGUGGUGGGUUUUGGGGUGAUUGAGAUCCACCUGCUAGGAACCGGAUUUCAGAUAAACCACUGAAAGGCCAGGUAGCAAAUACUGACCUGGGCUGGCUUUGAACUGGCAUCCUAGAGUUGAAAGACUCUGUUACCUGUCCCUGACCCAUGCAUUCCUGGAGAACAGCAUUUUUUUUUUUUUUAAAAGAAAUCAUUUGAAACUUCUUCCUCUCCCCUCCCCCAUCCAAAACCCCAGUUGCCAGAGGGUCACAUUAUGGAUGAGUGAUCUGUAAAACUACCACAAAGUUUUUAAGUCCUAAGAGUAUAAAUAAAAAAUAAAAGUGGGUGGGAUUUUUAUAGGGGAGAGGGAGGAAUGAAUUAAACUUAAUCAGUUUGGAUUUUGUUGGAAGGAAAAUGCACCCCUUAAAUGUCAACAUUUUAGAUCAGUUCCCCCUACCACCUCUGUCCUCCCCCACCCUGAAAACCCCCCGCUGAGCAAGAGAUUGUGUGUGGCACCUGAACCCUGUUGAGAGCCAGCAGGCGGGAUGCCCUAUGGAAGCAUGUUAUCAAGAGGCUGAUAUACGGGAUGCCUCUGGAUGUUCAAUGAUAGCACUCUUCCAUACUGGAGCAGCAAAGAUUUCUCCAACCUUACUUCCAAGGGUGAGACAAGCUCUGUGCUCCCACCGCCUACGUUGCUUUCUCCAGGGGUGCGGCUCCACCUUAAACAGGAAACUGGCGUCCCACGGCUUUGGCGCGUCCAUGGCAGCAAUGUCAUCCUUCCCUCCACAGAGAUAUCACUACUUUUUAGUGUUGGAUUUUGAGGCCACUUGUGACAAACCACAGAUUCAUCCUCAGGAAAUCAUUGAGUUCCCCAUUCUGAAGCUAAAUGGCAGGACGAUGGAGAUUGAAUCCACCUUUCACAUGUAUGUGCAGCCGGUGGUGCACCCUCAGCUUACUCCCUUCUGUACAGAGCUGACUGGAAUUAUUCAAGGCAUGGUGGAUGGGCAGCCAAAUCUCCAGCAAGUGCUUGAGAGGGUCGAUGAGUGGAUGGCGAAGGAAGGCCUCUUAGAUCCUAGCGUCAAGUCGAUUUUUGUAACCUGCGGAGACUGGGAUUUGAAAGUAAUGUUACCAGGACAAUGCCAGUACUUAGGGCUGCCGGUUGCUGAUUACUUCAAACAGUGGAUUAAUCUGAAAAAGGCAUACAGCUUCGCCAUGGGGAGCUGGCCGAAGAACGGGCUCUUAGACAUGAACAAAGGACUCAACCUCCAGCACAUAGGGAGGCCCCACAGCGGGAUCGAUGACUGUAAGAACAUCGCCAACAUCAUGAAGACGCUGGCCCAUCGAGGCUUCAUCUUCAAGCAGACCUCCAAGCCCUUUUGAUCGGCGGGGCGGGCCGGGCCGGACAGGGCUGCAUGCGGCCGGCUCCUCCGCUGCGGGAGGACGGGCGAUAGAUUCAAACGGCAACCGAGGACAGAGGCGACGCCACACCCAGCUCCGCUGUUACGCCAGUAGAGGUUGUAUAUAUGGAAAGGAAAAUCUGUGUAGACCCGACGUGGAUCCCCCUGUCUGGGCUGCUCCGGCCAUCGCCCGCCAUGCCCCCGGAGCCGCCCAGGGCGCUUGCACCACCUGGUUAGAGCCGUAGUUCCUUCGUCUUUCUUCGCCCCUGGUUUCCGUUCCCCUCGCGCCCCCCCGGCCAUGGGUCGCCCUCUUUCUUUUCUGUGUUUGUUUCCCUUUGGCCGGGCGCUGCCGGGCGACCCGCCAGGGCUGCGUGGGAGCCGCGCCCCCGCCCCGCCCCCCCACUCCUCUCCCCGUUGCAGUGAACACUAACCCCGCUGCCCCGUGUGUGUCAGCAACCCGGCUUUCUGCUCCAGCUCAAGUGCCUGUAUUCUCUGCCCGCCGGCUUCCAGCCAGGGCUCCGGGAGCGGGGGGGGCGGCUUGUGCCUCUCCCGGGGGCGGGUGGGGGGCUCCUGCCUGGCCCCCCACUCACCCCUGCCGCGCGAUUCCAGCUCCUGGGGGCACCAGGUCCAUUGCUGGCAGUGGACGCACCAGCAAGUGCUGGCACAGAACGACGGUCAUUCCUCUGCCCCCACGGCCCCACCGCUCCAGGCACGGGGUCCGUCCGCUGCGUGAGCCCCUCCCCUGCCCACCCACCUGAGCUGCAGCUCUGCCCUCGCCUGGGCCGGGCUCUGCCCCUCGCAGGCUCCCUGCUGAGCUCAGCAGCAGCUGGCUUGUUGCCUCUUCCCCUCCAACUAGGGGGCUCUUGGGCCCCGUCCUUCAGGUGGGUUUGGGGGCAGGCGUGGGGCGGCCCCAUCCCCCUCAGAGCCCCAGGGCCAUGGAGCUCCUGCAGAUCAGCCAGGACUCCAGAUCCCUGCUGAGACGAGCCUGCGCCUGGCGCUGGCCCAUGGGGAUGCUGCAGUGCCGGUGCCCGUGCUCAAGUGGCACCGGGACCCGCCAGCGCCCGGGCUCCCUCCUGCCCCGCAGCCGGGCGCUGAGCCGGCUCGGUCACCAGAAAGAAAAUACAGGCACUGAACAUAGCGGUAACCAACUGCAUGGUGUGUGGUGUUCAGCUCAACCAGCCGAUAACGCAAACCCACCAUCCUCAUCGUCUAGUUAUCCUGAUCCUUGCUGUAAAUGUGCCACAUGAAUAAAGUUUGGGGAAAAAGG